CCAGUCAAGAAUCCGGUUGGCUACCCGACGCUGGGGCAAGGAAGAAGAAAAAUAGAAAGAAAGGAGAGAGAGAGAGAGAUGGGGGGCAGAGAGACGGUCACGCGGACUGCAUGCACGGGCGUCUUUCACUCGUGAAAGGAGAAUGCUUAAGCAAACCCAAGAGGAGGGUCUGGGGAGACCGAAUUCGGAACGCGCCGAGUGCGCGUCUUGCAAUAAACCAGCUGCAUUUAUCAUCACUCUCCUCUCAUCAGCGGUCUACCAGAGCCGGUUUCCUAAGUCGCAGUCUAGACUCGUGAUAGUGGCUCCGAACUUCACUUAUACGGUAUAUGUAAUCACAAUCAUCACAGCGUUGUUUUUAAACGAACUUUCCACGCGUCUAUGUGGAAAGUUUGCUUUCCGCUUGCGAAGCACACACGCGCCAAGUACAGGCUUUUAAAGAGCAGUCCUUCCUCGGUUUGCCGUUUUUUCUCCAAAAGCGGUGCGUGCGUUUCGGUGCCGCUUUCUUUUCCCUCCGUUUACUGCACAACGCGCGGCGAACGAGGCGAUUGACCUGGUUGCCGGAUAACUCACUCCGAAAAAGCAUAUAUAUCUGUAUAUACGGGCGGCUGUGCGCCUUGAAUGCGCAGCUUAUGACGACAUCGCUCGUAGCCUUCGGACUUUGGCAGCGCGCCCGAUGAGCGCUGCUGGCAUUGACGAUGGAUUCUCGAGACUCGGACGCCGCACCGAGAAUAAGCAGGCCCUUUUAGUGGUGGCAGUGCUUUAAGGACCGCUGUGCAGUGCGGAAGCCGGCAGCCGCCCUUAUAGCUGGCGGUGCGAGUUAGUAUUUCUUUCUGAGCGCGGGCGCCGGAACCAUUGUGUUUCAUUGCGAACGAGACAAAGGAACUUCCCACGCUGCAGCGUCUAAUAAAUGCCGCUGCCUCCCGAUGUCCGGCUGCCGGAACCCGGGGCUGCCGCGAGCCCUGUUGUACGGCCUCAACGCGCUCUGGUGUCUGCUGGUCGUGGCGUCCGUGGGCCUGGGCUCGGCGUUGCACCAGGGCUACUACUUCAUCAGCAUCGCCUGCGUCGUGCUCAUCGUGGCCACUUGCGGUGCCUACAACAUCCACCGGACGUGCACCGAGCAGAACCGCCAGCAGCCGAUGGACGUCGCUUGCCGCGGCCCACCGCCGUCCUACGAGGAGGCCAUGAUUGGACAGACCGACGAGCCGCCCGACUACGCGGAAGUGGUGCGCAUGCUCCGCCUGGCGAAGCAGCCGCUGCAGAGCAGCACCGCGGAGUCGCAGCACCUGCUCUCCUGCGAGCAGCACUCGCCCGCUGCCCAAGGCGAGAAGUAGCGGUGGGGAAGGCGAACUGCUGUGCCUGACUCGGUUGGUGUGCGUGUGCGUGUGGCCCUCGACGGAGCAGGCUCCGUCCUCGAACACACGCAUUCGGCGAGCGAUGACGAGCCGUGCGCAACGUUGGCCGCUGAAAAAAAUGGGGCUUCUCGGAAGCGGUGAGCCAACACAACGGACACCCGGAAGAGAAACGCGAAGGACAGAGGGCACCGAACGAAUCCGUACACAUUCUGUGUGCUCCAUGUGUGUUUUUAUUUGUUUCUUUACACUUGGAAACAAUCGCGCAACGCUAUCAAGCGCAUUUCAUGUGUUCGGUUCUUGCCCCGCCCCCUUACCCCUCAACCCACUGUCCUCUCAAGUACACGGAUUUCAGCGACAUUUAAGUCUAAGGAAGAGUUUCACCCAUCUCUCUGCCGCUCCCCUAAUUUUAGGAGCUAAAAUGCGCCAGUUUGCUUUCACGGGUGAAGUCAGCUGAUCUUCUUCAUUCAGAACGUAACGAACAGUUUAUAUGCCCUCUAACUGAAGGGAAACACAAGGGUAGUGAACUUUGCAGCUGGUAUGCCAGCAACCUAGUGUCGCAUUUCCCUAACCCGUCCGAGAGUGUCGUAAAAAGCUCGUCGCAAACUUCCUCUCUCUUGCCUUCCCAAAACGGAGUAAAAGUACAAAACAGAGUCCUCGACGAUGCGUGUAAAUAUGGAUAUGUUGCGGAUUCUCGAGUUAUCGAGAAAAUGGCAGUAAUAUCCACUCGUCAAUGUGAGAUGGUCAUGGUGCCAAAGGGCAGCUGUAAAGGUAAUGUUCCUCGGGAGAAGUCUCUUGAUUCUACAGCACUUGCACCGUACGAGUCGCAGUGCUCCAGGUGUCACCGCUCAAAACAGCAUGCCUAAGGUAGUGCAAUAACAAGCGCAUAUAUUAUAGAGUCAGUGAAUUUUGAGUACACCCUUGUAUAGUGUGUUUGCUGCUCGCCAAUGGCUUUCAAUAACACUUCAGUGUAGCCCGAUAGUAAGCUUUUGUGCCAUGCAAAUGGAGAUGCUCUGUGAUAGAAGUUAAUCAGCGGUUCGUAUUCAGUAGUGCGUAGCAAUGUUUAAUACAGGCAUGGUGAUAGAGCCGGUCGGCAAAAAUGUAUUUUAAAGAUAUGUAAGAAACCCUAUAAGAAGUAAUGGACACCACGAGCUGGAAUGUAUAGCGCAGAAUGUAACGGCUAAUUCUACUCGUGCUCGAGGAAUCAACCUUGCUGCUCUCAACAAACCGCCAUCUCGCUUCUUCCGUUCCUUCCGAGGUCGCUUCCAAACAAACGCGCAGGGACAGAACGUGAAAGUUUUACGCAUUCAGGCAAACGCACUUUUAGAAACGUAACUUUCUUUGGCCAAUCGAUAAAGCAGCGCUCAAAGCAACCCACCGUUCGUUGGCGUUCCUGCUUCCGCCACUGACCAUAUGGUCGUAUUCGUGGCUGAUGACGUGUGUAAAGAGAGAGAGAAAAAAGAGGGAGAGAGAGAAAGCGGGCCGGUGUAGCGCGUGUUCUCGGACCACCAGGUAAAUCACGCUUAGGCGGGAUAAUGGAAGCCAAGAAGUGGCAUUGCGUGCCCUUGUGAGAACUAAUUUUUUUUUUCUGUAGUGUACAUUGCAUCGCCUCGUUAGCACUCAAGUAUACCUCAUUUAUCCCAUAGGCCCUGCAUUUCCAGAUAGGAACACAAAAAAAGAAAGAAAGAGCAGUAUUUAACCAGCGCGAAGGUCUGACACCGAUUCGUGUACCAGAUUUUAAGCGCCCGUAUAGGAAAAACAUCCGCAGAUUUCCGCGGAAACUAUGUGAUCGUGAUGGUGUUUCCAACUCAUGCUUCUACCGAGUCCAGGGUCUGCUGAGUGGUCCGAUUAACCUGGUCAGUUCUUAGAACCCAAAGAGGAAAUUCGCGGCUAUUUUCCUUGACAGAUAUCCAGGCAGUUGCAGUGUCUUUACCGCGACUUGCGGUUUCGGCUUCAGCAGCCGCUAGACAGCGAGCAGGUUCAGCGUCUAGCGCAGAUGACGUGUUUUGUGCGACCACGCUUCGCGUUUUGUCAUUUUCAAACGUUGCUAGCACCUCCACGGGUCGGUACUUCAGGCUGUUUUGCGUCUAACCGUGUUGGUGCCAGGGAUGCUUUUGAAAAGUUCUCAAGUGAAUUUGUAAAUGACUGGUAGGAUUAUUUCGUGCGACUGCAUGCUUGCCCUCUUUAUCGUGAACUGUGAUUUUGUAAAAGCUGGAGAAUACCAAGGCAUAUUUCCGUAUAUUUGUUAUCGAAGCGGGGUAGUUUGCGAUUUCGCCGAGUAGCUGUUAUACGAUGUGGCAUUACUGUUUAGUGAAUGCACUGCUUGGGGAGGGGGGGGGAGUGGAUUGAAAAUUUCCUCUUUCGAGCAAGACACUUCUCCAGUGCCCACAUGUUAAAUUUGCAUUAAGAGCGGCAGUAAAAUAUUCUCAAAGGUGUUAGAAAAAGAAACUUUAACAUGUUGUUGUUUAUUAAAUGAGAUCCUGGAAACAUUUCGGCAACCCGACAAGCUGGCUCUCCCAAACAUUAAAAAAAUAUACCUCAUCGGAUAAAAAAUGUAAGAAAACGUCAUAAGCAAAGGUCUUUCACAUGCAUCUCAUUUACAGAAUCAUCAUUUCUCACGCAUUUGCAUGAUCAUGCUAGCUUUCAGAGGGCUGUGAGCUUUAAUCGCUCACGUCGUGCAGCUCAUGAAUGAUAUAACUAAGCAAAGCGAGCAUUGCGCCAGCUUUUCUUUCUCCGUAGGUUACAAUGCACGUAAGUUUUUGGCGAAUUUUCAGUUACCUGAAGUAGAUGAGCUGAAUGCUCGUGGUAAAAAGCUACAGCCAUUGACAGCGAAGUCAGUCGGGCAAUCGUGGUGUACGUAUGUUUUGUUUAUUCUUUUCCUUUUUUGGAUAACUUAUUCAGUUAUUCAACUGCAAUACUCUCUUUGUCAUUGUAAUGUACAGCCCUGUAUUGUAAAUAAAAAUAAAAUAAAGGGUAACUCCAUGAA